GAGAGAGAGAGAGAGAGAUUGAGGGGGAGAGGGAGAGCGUGAGCGCGCGCAAGCUAGCGAGCAAACCAGAGAGACAGACCGAGAGAGGGACCAGGAGAGAGACCCAGAGAAAGAGAAGAAGAAGCCAGAAGCCGAGCUCUGCAGGGCUCAACCUCCAACUUGUUUCAGUUCAUUCAUCCUUCUCUUCUUUUCGCUCAGACUAUAGAGCUCGGUCUCUCCAAGUUUGUGCCUAAGAAGAUGAUAAUCACACAAAUGAGUCACUAUUAUAUGACCAGCCUUGGGAUUCUUUCCCUGAUUAAUAUUCUCCCUGGAACCACUGGUCAAGGGGAAUCAAGACGACAAGAACCUGGGGACUUUGUGAAGCAGGACAUUGGUGGACUGUCUCCUAAGCAUGCCCCAGAUAUUCCUGAUGACAGCACUGACAACAUCACUAUCUUCACCAGAAUCUUGGAUCGUCUUCUGGAUGGCUAUGACAACCGGCUGCGACCUGGACUUGGAGAUGCAGUGACUGAGGUGAAGACUGACAUCUAUGUGACCAGUUUUGGCCCUGUGUCAGAUACUGACAUGGAGUACACUAUUGAUGUAUUUUUUCGACAGACAUGGCAUGAUGAAAGACUGAAAUUUGAUGGACCCAUGAAAAUCCUUCCACUGAACAAUCUCCUGGCUAGUAAGAUCUGGACACCUGACACCUUCUUCCACAAUGGCAAGAAAUCGGUGGCUCAUAACAUGACCACGCCCAACAAGCUGCUCAGAUUGGUAGACAACGGAACCCUCCUCUAUACAAUGAGGUUAACAAUUCAUGCCGAGUGUCCCAUGCAUUUGGAAGAUUUUCCCAUGGAUGUGCAUGCCUGCCCACUGAAGUUUGGAAGCUAUGCCUAUACAACAGCUGAAGUGGUUUAUUCUUGGACUCUCGGAAAGAACAAAUCUGUGGAAGUGGCACAGGAUGGCUCUCGCUUGAACCAGUAUGACCUGCUGGGCCAUGUUGUUGGGACAGAGAUAAUCCGGUCUAGUACAGGAGAAUAUGUUGUCAUGACAACCCACUUCCAUCUCAAGCGAAAAAUUGGCUACUUUGUGAUCCAGACCUACUUGCCAUGUAUCAUGACUGUCAUUCUGUCACAAGUGUCGUUCUGGCUCAACAGAGAGUCUGUUCCUGCCCGCACAGUAUUUGGUGUCACCACUGUGCUUACCAUGACCACUUUGAGUAUCAGUGCCAGAAAUUCUUUACCUAAAGUGGCAUAUGCGACGGCCAUGGACUGGUUCAUAGCCGUCUGUUAUGCCUUUGUAUUUUCUGCACUGAUUGAAUUUGCCACCGUCAACUAUUUCACCAAGCGAAGUUGGGCAUGGGAAGGCAAGAAGGUUCCAGAGGCCCUGGAGAUGAAGAAGAAAACACCAGCAGCCCCGGCAAAGAAAACCAGCACCACCUUCAACAUCGUGGGGACCACCUAUCCCAUCAACCUGGCCAAGGACACUGAAUUCUCCACCAUCUCCAAGGGCGCUGCUCCCAGUGCCUCCUCAACCCCAACAAUCAUUGCUUCACCCAAGGCCACCUAUGUGCAGGACAGCCCGACUGAGACCAAGACCUACAACAGUGUCAGCAAGGUUGACAAAAUUUCCCGCAUCAUCUUUCCUGUGCUCUUUGCCAUAUUCAAUCUGGUCUAUUGGGCCACAUAUGUCAACCGGGAGUCAGCUAUCAAGGGCAUGAUUCGCAAACAGUAGAUAGUGGUGGUAGUGCAGCAACCAGAGCACUGUAUACCCCAUGAAGCAUCCAGGCACCCAAAUCCCAGGGCUCCCCUUCAUGUAUAUCAGGAUUCUUCUUUUACCCCUCUACGAAGCAGUGACUCUCAAUUCAUAUUUAUGAAUCUCUA